CUUCUACAACAUAAAUCCAUAUACGCAUAUUCUUACACACAUCAGGCAUCUAAAUACCAAGAUAUAGCUUAUUUCUAGAGCAUCCAAUAGAUCUUACCCUUGGUGGGGAGACAUCUCGAGCACGUAAGACAACCAUGUCAUCACGCCCGGAAGCACAAGCACAUACCACCUCGGACCUCGACCGACGAGCACCCAAUUCAACGUCCUCUCAGAAGUAUGCGGUGCUUCAAAACCUCUACAAUGAAUACCAGUACUCCCAACGCCGUCCUCAGCAUGCUUUCUCGCCGUCGUCGAAGCUCCCGCUUCCGUCCCAAGACCGCCUGGACAGCUCCUUGACGGAGCAGCCCUAUAACCUCGACGACUUCACAUCCCAGAAUAUACUAGAAAAGAAUGAAAAAAGAACAACAGUCCUAUACCUAGCCUACGGCUCUAACCUCUGCGACGAAACCUUCCUCGGACGACGCGGCAUAAAACCCCUCUCCCAAAUCAACGUCCUAGUCCCCUCCCUCCGCCUAACCUUCGACCUCCCCGGCAUCCCCUACAACGAGCCCUGCUUCGCCAACACGGCGCGCCGCGACCCCACAAGCCCCCCGACCACCACCACCACCACCACCGCGGACUACCACAAAGACCGCUGGCACAAGGGCCUCGUCGGCACCGUCUACGAGGUCUCGCGCGCCGACUACGCCCACAUCAUCGCCACCGAGGGCGGCGGCGCCGGCUACCACGACAUCGUCGUGGCCUGCCACGCGCUCCCCGCCGCCUGCCGCACCGUCCCCGCGGCGCCCGCCUCGCCGCCCUUCCGCGCCCACACGCUCUUCGCGCCCGCGCCCGACGAUCCCUCCUCCUCCUCCUCCACAGAUAACAGCCGCCUCUUCCGCCCGGACCCGGCGUACGCGCAGCCCUCGGCGCGCUACCUGAAGCUCGUCACCGACGGCGCGAGCGAGCGCGGCCUGCCGGCCGAGUAUCUGGACUACUUGCGCGGGAUUCGAGCGUACAGAGUGACGAGCCGGCGGCAGGAGGUGGGCAGGUUGGUGUUUCUGGGCACGUGGAUGCCGGUGCUGGCGGUGCUGUUUCAGCUGCAGGAGCGGUUUAAGGACGAGCGCGGCAGGAGUCCGGCGUGGGUGGUGGCGCUGCUUGCGGUGGUGUUUGGCGGGGUUUGGGGGAGCUAUGAUGGCGUGUUUCGGCCGCUUUUUGGGGAUGGGGAGAGGACGGAGGGGGAGGGGAAGAGGAGGGAUGAGGAGGUUUGAGUGUUGCAGUGUGUUGGUGAAGGGUUUUCGGUGGGGUUAUGCGUAUACGCGGGCGUUGGAGAUGAUUUAACGAAUCUUCUUAAGCAUAUGAUAUAUUUAAGGGGGGUAUCGAACUCAUUAAUCUUCGCUAAAGAACAUCGAAUUCCGUCAAUC